GGACCGGCCGGCACUUCGCGUACCAUCGUCGCGGCGCACGGUACGUUCGCACAGACGUGCGCCGUCGUUUCGCGCGUUUUCCGCGUCCCUUUCUGCGAUUCAACCGUAAAAAAAAAAGAUUCGCGCGUAAGAAUCUCACAAGUGGCGGCAUUUUCGAGGGAUCUAUCGCGAUGCCGAUUAUCGAAAUUUGAACGUCGGUUCGUGACGCGCCGCGUGUUGCCUCGAUCUUUUGUGAUCCGACAGGAGUGCGGAGUGAAAGUGCCGGGAGAAUUAAAAAAAAAAAAAAAAAAUCGAGAGAAACAAGUUGCGGUGACGCGAUAGAAGGGUAUAACAGUGACGGGAGGAAAUCGGCGGCACACCAGUGAGAGCAGCAUGAGGUGCCGACGGAACGGAGUAUCCGCGGAAUUCGGCCGAUCUCGCGGAUCGGCGUGCAGCGAUGCGGUGCUCCGGUGAUGAGGGGGAGUCGACGCUGAAGUGUGUUAUGCGCGAGUGCGGCCGCUCAGGAGUACCCAACUAUCCAGCAGCAGCUGCUGCAAGCCGCUGGCACCGCCGUCGUCGUCGUCGUCGUCGUCGUCGUGAUGCCGUUCGUGAUGCGGAAGCUGGAGCCGCGGCACGUGUGCCGCGGCCACGUGCCGGCGGGCUCGCACCCGGGCUGGCCGGUGGGCGCCGAGCUCGAGGCGGUGGCGAACGGCGCCCUCACCAGCACCCUCAAGCAGCUGGCCUCCCUCCUGAUUGUCGCGGAGGACAUCUUCGCGGGCCUCACCGUUGAGCUGGCCCAGGUCGCCGAGAGAAGCGGGCAUCUACGUCGCAAGCUCGACAAGGUCGAGGAGCGACUCGCCACCGUCGAUCCCAAGAAGAUACCAGUCCCGGAAUCGGAUAUCUGUACUUUCGCGGCGAGGACGGAACAUUUUCACAUCACGAAUAAACCAUCGACGGGGCUGUUCACGGCGAACACGAGACCGAAGGCCCUGAAGGAGUUAUACGAGCUCGCUGCCAUAGUCGCCGUACGAAGUUUGGAUUCCUUGAGGCGGGAUGGCAGCUCGAUGGAUAUGUUCCUUUGCACGCCGGUUCUCGGUAAAAGGAGACGGGAUCGCAGCCUCGACAUCGAGUCUAGAGUCCCGGCUGCUAUCGAGGAUCUUCGAAGGUGGACGUCCACCGAAGCGCUCGGCGACGUCACCGUACCACCGGACUGUUCGUCCAGAAUCUUAGGCGACACGACCAGCGACGAUGCCGUCGAUCACAAGCUACCCAGCCCCGAGGAACAGGUUCAGGCUAUCGCGCUCAAAUUCCCAGCGGAAAUCGUAGCAGUGGAUGUGAGCGGACGAGGUUUCGAAAGAAUGUCGAUGAGGAGGAGGUCCUUGCUGUCAGGACCAGAGACUCAGGAAACGGCAGUGAAGAGGAGAUCGCGGCCGCGCAGACCGAGAGGGAAGAGACGAAAUACGAUCGCCGGUACUGAUCAGAAGGAGAUUCGACAGGCUAUCGGAGGGGAGACGACUGGCGACGAGCCCGAGGAGACGAUGCCAAGCGCCACGCCGAGAGCGCAUCGUUCUGCGAGCACAGACGUCUUGGGUUCCACGAAGAAGGACUCACCCACGGAAAAGAAAUCGCAUUUCAACACGCUGAAAGCGUGGGGCAUGUCUAGACUGAAAUUAAUCAGUCCGAAAUCGAGUCAGCAGCAACAGCAGCAGCAGCAGCAGCAGCAGGAAACGACGGUAGUCAGCGCGGAGAGGAGCGAGCAGGCUCAAGGCCAGACGAGAUCGCCAGAGGAGAUCAAUAUUUACGAGACGGUGACUACGAGACGCAGGAGGGACAAGUCGCACGAGAGGAAGCCGAGCUCGUCCAGCUCGAGCGGCAAAAGCACGGCCAGCAUACCGGUGUCGGUGCCGAGCACGGACAACAAACAGCCGAGCGUGAAAUUGCGCGAGAGCGCCGCCCAGAGGCGAGAACGACGGAAGGGCAAUCGCGACGACGCGCCGCACUCGAGUUCCGGAAACUGGAGUGCUUCGUCCGAGAGCGGAAGAGCCAGCAUCGGCAGCGAGACCACUACCACCACGCAUCAGCCCAGAUCGACGACGACAGCUUCGAUCGGCACAUCCUCCACUUCCCUUAGUCACAUGAGGCGACUGAAGGGGAGGGACACUUCAGCCUCAUCCUCGGUAACCUCCGAAGGCACCCUAACACCGGACAUCAUACAGGACAUCACGGUGGUACCCUUUUCCGACGAUGGCGAAACAUCGUCGGUGUACUCCUGCGACACGGAAGGAUAUUACACUUCGUUUCAUAUGGACUCGGGCCUGAAAACUCUCAGAGAAGAGGAACCCAUGCCACAGAGUCCUUUGACCAAGACUAACGACGUCGGCAUGGACCCCAGCUCGCCGAUUGUCGAGAACGAGUACGAACUAUUUGGCAGAGGAUCAACUUCCACAACGACUAGCUCAGCCGGAACGGUUUGCACCGCUCUUAUGGCACCACCGCCUCCCGAGCGCAAAUCCAGUCUCACGGUGGUUGCUAUGGUUCAUGGUCAAAAUCAAAACGGUGGCGAGUCGCCCGAUAGCGGUCACAACACAUCCUCGUCUCCCGUUGAAUCUGCCUCGAGCCCGGCUUGUACCGGCCGUUCUUGUUCCGAGUUCGAGUAUUCAGAGUCCAGCGAUUUGGAGGGCUGCGAGCGAAUCGAAAGGAUUCGCUCGAAGACGGCAAUGACGACAAGUCGGAUUCCAUCGAUGUGCGUGAUCACGCCACCCGUAUCUGACGACGAGCACGCGAGAGAGACGGAUCAGAGAGAGAAAAAGGCGAACGAGCCAACGAGGAGGACUGAACUUCAAAGCGGUGGUUCGGUAUUAAUGUCCGCCACCGUCGGCACCUCCAAAAUGGAGGUGAUUAAUGGCCAGGACAAAAAUCUGUAUGCCACCGUACAAGUGUUACCGGCGGCAACCAAUAACGACAGACAGACGACGACAGGCCAGUCGUCGUCGUCGUUGAUCAAAAUCAGUCCGCUGAGCGGAGUUCUGGGUAAACUUCGUGGCGUACUUCCGGGCAAGAAGCACGCCACGAAGAACGGCGCCGUGCAGGAAAUGUCAAACGCAGACUCUGGCGACUAUGUAACUAUAGCCGACGUGAGGAACAACAACGACAAACGCCCUGCGGGCCCGAUUUCGUCAUCGUCAUCGUCGUCGUCGUCGUCGUCAUCAGGCAUGACCGCCGUCCGACCGACUACCACCUACGCCAAUUCCGACAUCUUUAAGAAGGACGCGGAGUACGUGAGUCUGAGCGAAUUGCCGAAGAAACCGGAUUCGUCGUUGGAAAGGAAAAGACAGGGUGCUCGAGUCACUUUAGAUUCCGAGGGCAAAGUCGUUUACUCCUCCGACAGUCUGAAAAGAAGAAAGGGGGCGCACACGACGUUUAAUCCAGGUCCCUUCGUCAGAGAAGGAGUAUCACCGAGUCCAUCGCCGUUGCUUCAUCGUGCGAUGCCGAAUAUCCGCGCCGUCACGAAGAACGCCGACGUCGUGGACGCUUCGAACAUUAGAAUCACACCGCCAACGUCACCUCAGCUGGGCAAGCUAAUAAUUCGAGCGGCGCGGAGUCCCGAUCGCGCGACCAGUCCGGAUUACGUGCGCACGCUGGCAACCGUGGUCGGUCCCACGAGCCCGACCAGUCUCCACAGACAAGUCCGCGGGGCUUACGUCAACGUGCAAGGCGACGAAGACAACACUUUACUGUCCAUACCUCCGGAAUCUAUGCCGCCACAGGCGAUCGUUCAACCGCCGCCCUACAUCGCUCCACCAAAACCCGAGGAUCGACAUAAGUACCAAGAGAUCCUAAAGGACACCCUGCCACCGAAUCUACGAGCCUAUCCCGAGAAUGAGAAGCAAUCGAUCGCGCAAGAUCGAAAGCAGGAUAUCUACGAUCCUCGUAGAAACGUCCAACAAUAUGACAACCGCAAAAACAUUUUUGAUCAGCAGAUGUCGAAUUAUGAGUAUCAGCAACGAGUUUGCAAUUAUCAAACAGUACACAUGUACAAUGCGAGGAAUCAGCAGCUCAAUUCAUCAGCCAGAGAUAUCAAUCAACAGCAGUUCUACACCCUACCGACAAGAAGACCUCAGCGAGAGAUUGAACCGCCUCGUAGUGUCACGCCAGACAUUACGAGAGGUUUGGGACGCGGUUCUCUUAACAGCAUGCAUAUGCUGGCGAAACAAGGCCAGCAAAGAGUCACGAUUGUGGAGAACGAGCAGGCUCGACACGUUUUUCACGUUGAUGCGGAGAGAAGAAAUUUGAAACAAGAAGAGACAAAAGGCAGAUUUGUGCAGAGUCAAUCUCAGUCAGUCGUGGAUGUUAGAAAUAGAUUCGCAACGCCUUUAAAUCAAGCUGCACUCGGCUAUCGAUUCUUCGCGUCUUCACCCGCCAACGAUCCUCUUACAAGGUCUCCUAACGCGGACGUUCUAAGGAAUAAUCCAAUUUCGCCGAUUGGCCACAGUGGCUACGGUAACGGCUUCAAAUCGUCCACUCCCACCAACCACCACGGACGAUCGGUGCCAACCGUGGCGGAACGUCUAGCUCUGACCACCACCGGCAAUAAUUGCUCAUCGCCGAUACCAACGAGCAGUUCCUCAGGUAGAAGCACUCCCGUCCAGACCUCUUCCGGUAGAACGACGCCGACCAAUCUGGUUCUGUCACCCACCAAAAGCACCAUGUCCAACGAGGAGUUGUUUGCCGCGAUUCACAAGUCCAAGAAGAAACUCAAUAUUAAGCUCAACGAAAACGACAGCGAAAAUCUAUCGCCAUACGGGUCAAUGAACUCCCUGGUGCAAACACCGGCCGGCACCAGGCAUAGCUGGAGCCCCGAGUCUCAAAAAAUAGAGAUUCCGACUACAGUGCAGUCGCCCACGUCACGAAUGGAUUUCAAACGUUUGCUCCUUCAACAGAGUAUAAAGGCCAAUCCUAUACGACUAUCGGCGGCAGAACAACUGAAACUAUCGCGCCAACAGUGCCAACAACAGCAACAGCCGUCGUCGCCGAACGCUCAUCAGAGUCCCUUGGCGAAAGUCCUAAGUCCACGCUCGGCCUGGAGGUUUCAGACCCCGAGAACCGACGUUCUUUCAUCUACCAUAAUCGAAGACACCGCGGCGGAGGAGAAGGCGAUGAAACCCUCGCCGGAGAAUACAUCUCCCAUUUCAAGACUGAAUUCUAGACGGCAACUGGAUCUUUGCAUCGAUUUACCAAAUCACCUGCGUGUCAUCAAAUGCAACGACCUCACUGAUAGACUAACGGCGAGCAAAACGUUUAUGAACGAACUCAAUCUCGAUCCCGCAAUCAAAUCGUUAAAUCAAAACAACCAUGUCCAAGAAUUAAUUACAAGCACGCCAAAUAAUCUUACGCAAACCACAUCACCCGCGAAAACCACGAUAACCGACCAAGAUACUUCGUUGCCUCGAAACGAUAUCGCCAGCACAGCGAUACAGUAUUCGAAAGGUACAUUCGAAUCUAAAAGUCAGGAUGCCAUAAGUGCUCUCGAGUCAAGGAGGAUCAGCAACCAACUGGCGAGAGCCCAGUUCCUGGCCAGCACACCCACGAGCACCAAUCCAUCGCAAAAUCUCUACUUCAGCAAGAGAUUUAGAGCGCGAUCGGAAUCUCCGCGACACGCGGUGACACAAAAUGUUGCACCACGCAGUCCGAGUGCUCCUACUCUUGAAACCGCUCUGUGAUGAUCCACGAAUAUGUCGAUAAUGAGGACAACGGCCUUGCACAAGAAUUUAGCUCUUCAUUAUUGUGAUGUACAAUAUGUAUAUUUGCUCUAUUUAGCAAGAUAGUUUAAUAAGUCAAAAUUUAAUAUAUCAAAUUACAAUAUUAAAUUGUAGGUCAAGUAUUUAUACAUACAAGAGUUUCUUAAAUUAAAACUGAUUUGUACAUAUAUUAUAAAAAUAUCAAGCAGUACUUUUAUUAUAACAGUAGACCUCAUUUCUAAAUUUUUUCUAAAAUUUUUCUCGAAAAAAAAACUGACGCAACUAGAAUUUUUUGAUAAUGCCAUCUAGUACAUUAAUGAAGAGUUAAUAGCAAGGACAUCUGAAUCUACUUAGCAAUUCCGACGCGACCUAUUUAUUAACUAUGACCUAUUUAGGUUGACUUUUUUAUCCUAAUUACAGCAACUCGCAUCUGCUAAGAGACAAUAAUUUAUAAACGUGAUACGGUAAUAAUGCAAAACUUAGUACCCAGUAUUGCAAGACUUCUUGCAUAAAGCAAAUAAUCAGCGCCAAUAACGUCGUAAUUACAUUAUGUUAUAUUUUGACGAUUGAAUGUAAAAUUGAUUUUACAGUACGUAACAUUAUAUUACGUAAUUUAAAUCGCUCUGCUAAAUCUCAUAUACGUAAUUCAAUCAAAUAAGAAGCAAUAAAUAGAAUAUUCUCGACGCUAAUAAUCUCUCAAUCGAGUGCCUAUUUGAUAUAAUUUUUAUAAAGAAGCAUUUUACGUGUGUACGACGCUAUAAAUUUAAGUCUCAAAAUAAGAUGCAAUGCCGUAGAUAUCAAUAUAUUGACGUAUUAAUAAUGAUGUACCCGAUAUUUUCUCAUUCUUUGUGCUAAGCAAACGUUCUUCUAAACGGUGAAACGAAAGAAAUCGAUUUGAUCUUUGUACGAUCCCAAAUAUCUCAAUGCUCACGAUCAGAUGUUCUUAAACUUUUUGAAACGAAACAGAGAUCAGAUGAGUACUAUAAUCUCAUCUGCAUAUAUUCUUAAACAAGAAAUGCAGAUGCAUUAUAUUCUUAACGACAGUAAUGCACAAGGUUUAAUUCGCGAAACUCUACGAUACGAAGAAACUAGGGAUGAAGCUCCUUCGUAACUCUAAUAAGAAUUUUAUCGUUACCUUUAUUCAAAUCGAGAUAUUAUGCAGUAUUUUAUAACCACUUGGGCUAUAUAAUAUUAAUUUAUUCACGGGAGUUAAGAAGACCAUAUUAGUCGUCAAAAACCGCAUCAAAAUUAAGUACGAUAAAUUAUAAAUCGCUUAUCAUAGAAAUUGAUGAGUUGAGUGUAGAAUUAUUAUUACGGUAAAAGUUCUCAAAAUUGCUCGCGAGACAAUCAUUGUCAAUAUAUUUUUGGACUAUUAGACAACCGGUGAUCUUUUCUAUUUUAUUUAAAACCCUGAUGAAAAAUUUUCUUAGAAGUUUUCACAUAACUUUUCCAAUUUUUAUCUAAACAUUGUUUUAAAUUUUCAUUUAAAAAACGCUAUAAUCCAAUCCAAUAUAAUGUACAUAUAUAUUGUUUCACUUCAAGAGAGAUCAUCAUUAUACUCAGAAGAAAAUACUUUAAAUACAUUUGAAGAUAUGUAUAUUAAAUUCUAUAAUUUUUAUUAUUUUAUUUCCUUUUUUUCUGCUAUUAUAUAAACGCAGAUUUUUACCUUUUUAAUUUAUUUCUAAUUUUUAUCAUAAUUAUGAGAUGUAGAUCAUAAUUUAUUUAUCCAGUUGUCACAAAAUUUGUUUUUGACUUCUUUAUAAUGGAAUAAAAUUUUUUCACUGCAAAUUUUUUGUGCGGGAUUAUUACGGAAAGUGAGAAUUUCAAUGGAUUGUAAUUAUUGCAUUUAACAAUCAGCUACUUUACUACUUAUUGUGAGGUACUCAGUAUUCCAGAAAUCUUUAUAAAAAUAAAAUAUAAAAAAUUUUCUAAAAAUAUUAUGAAAGUAUAAGAAUUUUUUUUCAAUAGAGAAACGAUGAAAAAAUAAAGUCUAACUCAAUACGCGAUUUAUCGUUUACCGUAUGUGGUUCGUUAUUAAGCAUCAGCACUGAGUCGUUUGUCAACGACGCUAAAUUGGAAGUUUAAUCCUUCGUUGGAUGCAUGUAGUCUCACAGAUUUAUUAAAUAUAUUUACGACGAAUUAAAAUCUUAGAUAUUUAAAAAUAUAUUUACCAUGAAUCUGUGAGAUCACAUACGUCCGAUGAAGGGUUAAUCAUUAAGAAAUUAAUUUAUUUGUCGACUUCGACGACAAGGCAGCUUAACUCCCGCCUCAAGUUCGCUUCGGCGGACGUUGUACAUAAUCACGAAUUACACGAGCAGCGUAAUUGCAAAUCGAUUUUAAGUCUCGAUCGCUUGCUAGUCUAGUCGGGGUAGAAUUUAGUACGUAUAUAUACGUGUUUUGGAGAUUUUUCGAACGGAAAAGUGCCGUUAACCGCGUGCACAAUCUAUCAUGUUGGAUCGGUUUUGUACGAUCGUCGAAUGAUGAAUAACGAGAAUAUACAAAUAUAUAUAUAUAUAUAUAUAUAUAUAUAUAUAUAUAUAUAUAUAUAAUACAUAUAUAUGCGAGGAGGAUAAUGAUAUGUAUAGCGUAAUACAAGAGUUGCCUUAAUUAAAUUAUUUUAAAUUGCGUCGAGCGAUCGUCGACGAUGCGUUGAUCGAUUACUUACGAUCGCGCAAAGGACGGAAGUAAUUUUGCAAAAUGUAAUCCGUUAGAUCUUAAGCUGGAAACGUAUUUUGUACUUUGCUCAGAAUAAAUGGAAAUAUUUCAUGAGAA